GCGGUCAGGCAUGUGCUUGAAGCUGCACACUGCCAGAACGGUUGAGAUCCGGAAAUACGACCUGAGAUGCACACAGAAAUUCCUGGCAAGAUGGAUGCAGCGCGCGUUAGACAGAAGCCAUUCACCUGUAGCAGCAGCCCGAUCUUUCUCCUCGAAUUCCAUGCAUGCGUCUCUGCCCAACCUUAUUCUCAUCAUCUAGAACCAUUCACGUCCCUCGUCCUCUCCCGGCGUUCCCUUAUUCGGCUCGGCCAUGGAAGAGACGAAUCAGGCUACGGACUUGCGGCCAUGCACGAGGAGGCCCAAGUCGACCUGCGCUGCAGCUGCCUGCAGCUACCAUUGGCACAACUCUUGCCAAUUCACGACCUUGCGAGGUAGGGCUCCACUCAGAGGCAGAGGGUAGGAGGGUUCGAUCGCCACCACGCGCAUUCGCCUUCUACAGCUCGAAUGCUUGUGGAUGUGAGCCCAAUAACUCUCUGCGGCAGAAUACAUUGGCUGGGCACCGUCCCACGUUCCGAUGUCAAGCCGGCAGCCGAACUCGGUGUGCGCCGAUGCUCGGCCGGAGAGCUGCUGUGCCUUUUGCUCUUACUGGCAUCGUCAGCGCUACCGACUCACUCAGCCCUUUGCCUGCGGCUGUUGCCAUCCUCGGUUGUCUACCCUGUUGCCAUUCUCUAAAGCACGCCGGGCAUACAUGUUAAGGCUCGCGAAAGUGAGACCAUAUCUUUGGGAGCACCAGGCCCGGGCCUUACAUAUAAACACGCUGCAGGUUCCGCUUCCGCUGUAGUUCGAGUUCCCUUCUCCGACUCCUUCUCAAUACGCGAGGGUCAAGCA